GUUCUUGCUUCUUAGAGUUGUCUCCUCAGUGAUUCUAGUGUACAAACAAUUCUUUCUCUCUACAACGUUACACAAACUUUGUUCCUGAACAAAAAAAAGUUUGUAUUUUCUAACUGAACUGUACAUUUUGUGAUUCCUGAGAGUGGAGAAAUACACUGACCUAGAGAUCUAGUCUUUAAAAUCGUAGACUUGCAUUCAAGAAGCUAUUGACUCUCAGUCACGUGAUUUACUCUCAAUGGUACUAGUCACGUGGUUAGCAAUGGAGCUGUGUCUUUAGCCGUGAUCCUCUUGGACACAACGACAUUCCAAUAUGUUACCAUUGGAAGAGUGCAGUUGCUAAUUGGUAAAUAUCCGCGUAGGUUCUCAUCAAAUUUAGAUUUUGUAAAGCCACGAGCUGAAGGUACGACUCUCUCUCUCUUUUCAAAGGCUUUUUUUUUUGGCGGGUUCCACUUUGUUCUGGAGUAAUACUAGCCUUACAAUGAUAUUUUAUUAAAUCUAUUUUUGACUGUUAAUUACAAGAUAUGGUCUUUCGACUUUGGUAUACGUCUAGGUACAGGUCUCUGCCUUAGAGUUAUCUACAUGUUCAUUUAACUGAGCGCGUUGAUACGAGCAGUUAACGAGAUAUGGAUAUAGAAUUUAGAGGUUGAUACAUUAGUGACGUAACUACCAAGUAUUGAUUUAGAGAAGAGCCAUUGUUACCUUAAGGGGAAUAGACUCCAAGCAUCUAAAGAAGUUAAAUGUUAAAAGUCUACACUCCUAAAAUAUGUUUGUACCGAUAGUAUGACUAGUGAUUUGUUCCAAUUGAAAGUUUAGUAAUACAAUCUUAUGAAAAAUGACAAGAGUUUAAUAUCUAACAACAUGGUCACGUGAUAGACAAGACAUUGUGAAAAUAAAAAAAAAGCCUUAUACUCACUAUAAAACAAUAAACCAGAGGACUAUGGAGAUGUGGGGUCACGGCUCUUAUCAUUAUUCAAACAUGUCAUCGACGGAGUCCCAGGCAAACACAGAUUGGAUAAAUCUCCUCUCCACAAAUAUAAAAUUCAUUGUCAGCGCGAGCAACCAUUCUUCUGCCAAUGAUACUCUGAGUGGCAACACCACGGAGGGUCUCCUAGACGCCCUCCAGGAGGACCCCCUGGAUGUUAUUAUCGUUAACUGGCUGUUCAUCCUGUUCUCUGCUGUGGUGCUGGUCAUCGGGCUGCUAGGCAACUGUCUGGUGUGGUUCGCCGUCUGGAGAAACCCCAGGAUGCGCAGCGCCACCAACAUCUUCCUGGUUAACUUGGCGGUGGCUGACUUUCUGGUAAUACUGAUCUGCCUACCGCCCACGGUGGCCGAAGAUAUCACUGGCGUCUGGUACCUGGGGCAGGAGAUGUGCAAGAUUGUCAAGUGUCUGCAGAAAAUCUCUGUCCUGGUUUCAGUCCUGACACUGACCGCUAUAGCUCUAGAAAGAUGGCUGGCCAUUUGUCAACCUCUCAUGUUCAGACACACCAUGGUCAGGGCCAAACGAGCUGUGGCCAUCGUGUGGGCCAUCUCCCUUGUCUCCGCUGUGCCCGAUGCCAUCUCUCAGGACACACACUUGAAAGAUGGGCAUGUGGUGUGUGAGCCCAGCUGGUCACAGCUAUCCUCAACUAUCCAGCUGUGGAUUAUGUUUGUACUCUUCUACCUGGUGCCCUUGGUCAUCAUGACCGUCACUUAUGUCAAGGUGGCCUUAUGCCUUUGGAGGUCCGGCUUCACGAGUGACAAUGACGAAGCCAGCGCUAACGUGCCGAGAGCUCAGAUUCUACUCAGACGCAAGAAAGCCAAGAUGUUGAUUGUGGUGGUGGCGCUCUUCGCUGUCUGCUAUUUACCUGUUUAUGUACAGUUUCUAUUAAGCUAUGCUGAAUUAAUGGAUUACUUCCCAUGGCAAGUAGUCCGCCCUUUGUUCAUGUUCUCCCAUUGGUUGUGUUACUUCAACAGUGCCAUCAACCCAGCUAUCUAUAACUUUAUGAGUUCUCAUUUCAGACGAGAAUUUCGCAUCGCGUGCCACAUUUGUUGUCGGAGUCAAGCCACACACAGUACAAUCUAUGAAGCUGCCGCCUACACCUACCCUGCGCCUUCUCCCAUCAGCACUCGAAGAACUAAAGUCAACUUAAAGGGCUCUCCAGUAAGCAUCAAAAACGUAAACAUUCAACACAUCUUGAUCUCACCAGACGUAAACUUGGGCUACACCGGCCGUGGCGUGACAUUGAACCACAAGUCUAAAGCAGUAAUGUCCAUACUAUGACCAUCUGCAAGCUCCACUUUAGUGACCAAAGCAUAAGCUAACGGGUCGAAAAAAAGAUGAAGUCUAGUGGAGAGCUUGACCUGGCUGCAGGAUUCAAAUCUAUGCUCUGUGUCACCACAUUGACCACAUGUCUCGCCAGAUUAACCCCAUCUAACUCGCCAGACUGACCUCAUCUGUCUCGCCAGAUUGACCAUAUCUAUUUUGCCAGACUGAUCUUAUCUGUCUCUCCAAACAGACCUCUUAGGGACUGAAACUAUUUCACACCUUCAAUCAAAUAAUAAUGUUAAUAACAAAGUGGACAAGCCGAUCUUGAUCAAUCUAGUCGUAUAGCAUAGCUUCCUUCAUAUCAGUAACACAGGUAUCUUGUACAUGCUACACAAGCUGUUUCAAAAUAGAUUUUUAUGUAUUUUACUGUUAGUAUUGAUUUACUGUGUUCUAAAUCAGAGAAAGAAUUGUUAUUCUAUGGUCAUUCCACGCAAAUGGACUUGUAUGUGCUGACAUAGUGUUAUAUGUGUAUAAUGGUGUGCAGUUUCAUAUUCCUAAUGCAUUACAUUCACAACGGCUUUUCAAUGUUAGAAAUAAGAUGGAAAAUGUUUUGAGAACAAUGCAUUGGGCUAUAGACAAACAUUGAAAUCAAAGUCACAAGCUAACUUUUCAGUUGAAGAAGAAAUACGUUGUGUAAGAACCAAUCAUGAAAUUGUCAGUAGAAUUGUGGGUUCGCUAUUCUUUUUUUAAAUUCGAUUUCGUUUUAAUCUUCGUAUUUAAUUAUAUUGGUACAGUCUAUUACCUUUCUGCUGCUACAUCUUGAGAUAUCUAUGAGUAUUACAGAUGGAACAAUAAAUGGAAGAAAGAAAUUUUUAUGUUGUAAGUUCUAUGUAUUGACAGAGGAUUAAAUAAAACAAUUUAAUUAUAAGAUUUUGUUUCGUGUUCAUUUUAAGUGUUGUUUGUUCAAGCAAAUACAAAAUAGUGUAGAUUUUUGCAGCUAAGUUUGAUUUGUUCAUUUUCAUUUUGGUUGGAUGGGUACCGUCUAAUGUCCAACUGCUUUGAUGUAACCUUUGACCCUAUUAGAUUUUCAAUGAAA